AUGGCGGAGAUGUCCACAGCUGCGUCCAUGAGAUUAGAAGCGACCGCUUCGGAUUCAGAGAUGAAGGUCGCCUCACACGAGCAGUUCCAGCCUCAAGGGCAGGAGAUGCAGGAAGUGGAGCACCAAGACAGCCAGGAUCAGGAUCUGAAUUUCAAUGAUGAGGAGAUUCCACGAGCUCCAGUCGUGGAAGAUUUCAUGCCUCCGGAUCGGGUAGAGCUGCCAGAAGAUCCUCUCAGUGCGGAGCAGGCUGAUUCGCCGGUGGAAGAUCCAGGCUUUGAGAAGAUCGAUGCAGAAGACCUUUCAAACCCGCCCCAGUCUUCUGAGUCUGAGAACCCCAAAGCCAAGCCAGGCCAUACCGGGAGGAUACUGGAAGGUGGAGAACGAGAAACAGGCUUUUUUUUUGUGGGAUCUCUCCGAAAGGAUGCGCAGCACAAGUGUUCAUUUGGUUGGGUCCGGCGUUUCCUAGAUUGUGACAAGAUAGCCUUGCGGUCCCACUUGGCCUUCCACAGCGUGACAGUUGUGAAUGAGACCGGCUUUGAUGUGUGUGUUCAUGAGUGGAGAGAAUUUGGCUACUUGGUGGCGGACCUUGGAAAGGCAGGAUGGCUCCAUGGAUACCCUGUAGACUGCCAGGCGAAGUGGUCUGACUGGGGUAUGUGCUCCGCUUCGUGCGGGGGUGGUCGUCAAUGUAGUCAAUUCAAGAUCCUGGCACCUGCCCGCUUUCGGGGCCAAGAGUGCACACACAAUGAUGGAUCCGACAACUGCGCAGAUUGCAACGCUCAGCCAUGUCCGAAAGAUUGUGAGUUAGGAGACUGGGAAGUGGAACCAUGCAGUGCACUUUGUGGAGGUGGGACUCAGAAACGGACACGCCCAGUGGCCUCACCGAGCGAGUUUGGUGGGUUUUGUCCCAUGCCAGAUUCCGUGGACCGGGUCCUUGACGUUCCCUGCAACACACAAGCAUGCCCAGAUGAAAUGCUCGAAGACUUCAGGGUGGCCGUAUCACAGACAGCAGAUGUCCAGGAAGAAACACACCGCCAAAGUUCAAUGCUGCAGAAGACGAAGCAUCACCUUUUGCAUCACUUGCCAAAGAUAAGUUGCACAGCCGGUAUGGAUUCACAACACACAGAGGCAACUGCGAGUUGCCACGAACACAACACGAUUGCCAGCAAGUCACAAGGCCUUGCUCUUUUCUUGGAGAACGGCCACGAUGAGUGCGAAAUUGCUGCAGCAGAGUUUCACCAGCUUCGAGAUGCACUGAAACACAAUUUGCCACAUGUAGUCAAACAGAUGUGCGGUGGUGACCAUGAGGGGGCCCAGAGCACAAUUGAAAACCUUUUGCAUCCUUUGAUCAACUCCACCCUGGCACAGUUUGAUCGCUGCGUAGAACCCUACAGAUCCUUUGCCAGGGAAGUUGAAUAUCGCGAGGCACAACUAUAUGAAGAGAGGAGUUCAGAGCUUCAAGCGGAACUUGAUGCUGCCUACAAUUCCUAUCGUUACGAGGUUGAAAAAGACGAGAAUGCUGUGCGCAGGUUUGAACAGAUGUUGAAGCAGCAGGAUGAGGUGUUCAAGAGUCAAAAAGAGGCACAGAAGGAGGUCGGUGCCACAAUGCAACAAGAAGCUUUGGAGAUGCAGGAUAUUUUGCAUGACAUGAAAGCAAACCAAAAUGUGCUUGGAUUGUCUGAAGGCUUGAACAUGGAGAGUGCAGAUGAAGGUGCCAGAAACUGGAAAUCAUCUAUCGUUCGGCUCAGGAGCACCGUGAAACGACUUCAGGUCUAUUUGGAGACUCUUCAUACGCAUCUUAGCAGAGCUUCCGACAAAGCGUGUGAAGAUGCAAAACAUCAUGUUGCGGGGAUGGUCAGUGCUUAUAGAACAGGCACCUCGCUCAGCACUGGAAACAGCAAGAGUGAGAGGACUUCAGAAGAGCAGGUGAAGGGCUGA